AUGAAGGCCAUUCGACGUUCACUGAAAGGGGAGAAAGAUCCCAAACCCCACCAUCAUCAUCACCAUCUUUCCAUCACGCCCAAGUCCGCCAUCGCCAUCCUCCCGCCGAAGAAGGUUAUCAAAGCGCUCUUCGAUUACCAACCGGAGCCCGGGAACACACAGGAGCUCGCGUUCAGCAAGGGAGACUUUUUUCACGUUAUCAGCAGGGAGGACGACCAGGAUUGGUACGAAGCGUGCAAUCCCCUCAUCCCUAGUGCUAGGGGGUUGGUUCCCGUGUCCUUCUUCGAAGUCAUCGGUAAGAACGAGAGAGAUAGCGUCGGCUCUGUCGACUACUUUAAAAAGAAAGAGCCGCACGACUCUGGUUUCUCAGAUCGCGCCGCGUUCCCCGCCUCCGAUUUCGUUCACAGCCCACCCCGAUCCUCGUCGCAGCUCAGGAUGUCAGCCUUAGGGAAGGGCUCGAGCCCCAUGGUCUACGGCAUCGUUCAGUACGACUUCCAGGCUGAGCGACCAGAUGAACUGGAUGCAAAGGCCGGCGAGGCCAUCAUUGUGAUUGCCCAGUCGAAUCCGGAAUGGUUUGUCGCUAAGCCCAUCGGUCGCCUGGGAGGGCCAGGUCUGAUUCCGGUCUCUUUUAUCGAGUUGCGCGACAUGCAAACCGGCCAGGCAGUAACCGAUCCGUUGGAGGCCGUUAGGCGCGCCGGCGUGCCCAAGGUAGAGGAAUGGAAGAAGAUGACGGCCGAGUACAAGAACAGCAGUAUUACUCUGGGUAAGAUUGAGAGCAAUGGCUCCUCAUCGAUGCAGUCGGUCACGUCUGGAGUGGAUCGGAUGUCUAUUGGUCGCCAAAGCACUAGCCAAAUGAGCCAAAACGGCCACAUGUCUGUGAGUUUCAAGUCCUUGCGCAUCCAUGGAGAGUCAGUCGCUAAAUUGAUGCGGGGACAGGCCUACCACAACCGCAACGCAAGCAAGAGUUCACUUGUGCAACAAGCUUCCCAUCAGUCCCACCAAAGCUACCAUCAACCUUUCAUGGCGCCUAUCGCUGCCUCAAUCCCUCGUUACUGCUUCGACAAUGAUAAAUACUGGUAUAUUAUCGAGGCCAAGAUGGAGGACGGCCGUUGCUGGGAAUUGUCUCGCUACUACCACGACUUCUACGAUUUCCAGAUCGCACUCUUGACCCAGUUCGAGGAAGAAGCGGGUAACCGUGGGAAGCCGCGCACUUUACCUUAUAUGCCGGGGCCUGUCACACACGUUACGGAUGCGAUCUCCAACGGCCGUCGUCAGAAUUUGGAUGAAUACAUUAAGAAAUUGCUGGCCAUGCCUCCUCACAUUUCCCGCUGCCAACUGGUCCGCCAAUUAUUUGCGCCCCGCGCUGGGGACUUUGAGAUUGAUCCGAGCGCAUUUGGCGAGGACGCACGGUUCUCUGGUGGCUCGCACCAUUCGUCGACGCACGAGCCCUCGCGCAGCGUCUCGCGGCAGUCCUCGCAAGCUCCGAUCGCCGUGCACACUGAUCGCAACUCUCACCAACGGGGGCAGCCGUCGCUGUCUCUGGGCAACGGCAACCCGCCUCCCAUGAACCGCCAACCUAGUUCGAUUACCCAAGUUUCUACCACCUCUAGCAGCGGCGCUAUGAAGGUUAAAGUGUUCUUCCAGGAUGACUUGAUCGCCAUCCGGGUCCCUAGUGAUAUCAGCCUCCAGCAGCUGAAGGAGAAGCUGAUUGACCGUCUGAAGAUUCAAGACGAAAUCGUCGUCCAGUAUAAGGAUGAGCCAUCCGGCACGUAUGUCGACUUGGCCAAUGACGCCGACCUUGACACGGCGAUCUCACGAAACUCCAAACUCACACUAUAUGUCGGAAUUGCAUAG